UUUGCCCCAGAUGUGCAGAAGAAACGGACGCUGCAGUACACGUCGGUAUCCAUUUCUGCUUUAUUUGGGCUCAAACAAAAAUACAGGUCAGCAGCACAUCAAGGAAGUCUGCUGGUUGGAUGCUACAGUGCUGUCAGCAGCUGCAGGCUUUGUACUUCUGUAGGUUGUGCUUUUGCAGAAUGUGAACACAACCCCAGGUAUCACCGCAGACUGUGGCAGCUCAGAAUCGUGACAGUUCCAUUUCAUCCUGCGUCUCGAUAGAUUCUGCUGUUGCUGACACUUGCUCAGAGAACGCUGGUGCUUUACUUUUCUGUGCCCGCACCCUGACGAUACCGGGUUCCUGAACUGAUAGAGAAAGUGGUUUUGGAAUCCACCCUCUGCACAGUUAAGAUCAGCAAACUGUAGUUAAAAUAAUUGCAAGAUUUUACAAUGACGGCGACAAAGGAACAACAGAACCAGAGAGGAAACAAGCAACAAGAGCAGGAUUUGGGAGGCGGCAGUCCUCCGCAGAGGAACUGGAAGGGGAUUGCCAUUGCGCUGCUCGUGAUCCUAGGGGUCUGCUCCCUCAUUACCAUGUCCGUAAUCCUUCUAACUCCAGAUGAAACUUUAAAGGGGAGUGAAACCAAACUAUCCCUGGGAGAUCUUUUUAAACCAGAGUUUGCUGUCCAUGAUCCUGAAGUAAAGUGGAUAAAUGACAAAGAAGUGGUGUAUAGAAACAGAGACGGACAUGUCAUCAAAUUCAAUGUAGCAAAAAACGGGUCCGAGAUACUACUGGAAAACAGCACCUUUGUGACAUUCAAAGUAGCAAAAUACUCCGUCUCUCCAGAUUUGAGAUUUGUUCUUCUUGGUUACGAUGUCAAACAGGUAUAUCGACAUUCAUAUACUGCAUCCUAUGUUAUUUAUAACAUACAUACAAGGGAAGUUUGGGAGCUUAACCCCCCAGAAGUGGUUGAUUCGGUGUUGCAACACGCAGCAUGGGGAGUACAGGGACAGCAGAUGAUGUACAUAUUUGAAAAUAACAUCUACUACCAAUCUGAAGUAAAGAGCAGUUCGUUGAGACUCACAUCAUCUGGAAAAGAAGGAGUCAUUUUUAAUGGAAUUGCAGACUGGUUAUAUGAAGAAGAAAUACUGCAGUCCCAUGUUACACACUGGUGGUCCCCAGAUGGAGAAAGGCUGGCGUACCUCAUGAUUAAUGACUCCUUGGUAUCAAACAUGGCGCUUCCUCGUUUCACUGGCAGUCUUUAUCCCAAAGGAAAGCUCUAUCCUUAUCCUAAGGCAGGACAGAUGAACCCUACUGUAAAACUCUUUGUUACAAAUCUGUAUGGACAAACGCACACCCAGGAACUGACACCACCAACCAGUUUUAAAGCCAGGGAUCAUUAUGUGUCCAUGGUAAAGUGGAUCAGCAACACGAAGACUGCAGUGAGGUGGUUAAAUCGACCUCAGAAUGUCUCCAUUCUUACUGUGUGUGACACGACUACUGGAGCUUGUAGCAAGAAACAUGAAGUGAUGUCUGAAAUCUGGCUUUCUAAGCAGACUGAAGAACCAGUGUUCUCCAAGGAUAGCAACAAAUUCUUUCUGAGUGUGCCAGUAAAACAGGGUGGGAGAGGAGAAUUCCAUCACAUUGCUAUGUUUACUACUCAGUCUACAAAUGAACAGAUCAGUGUCAGGCAUCUGACAUCAGGAGACUGGGAAGUUACUAGAAUCCUAGCUUAUGAUGAAAUUCACCAGAAGAUCUAUUUCCUAAGUACUGAAGAUUCUCCAAGAAAAAGACAAUUAUACAGUGUUUCUGCAGUUGGCUUGUUUCCUCGCCAUUGUCUGAGCUGUGAAUUGAACAAGCCCCAGUGUACAUACUUCAGUGCUGACAUCAGUCCCAGUAAUCAGCACUUCAUCUUGCACUGUAAAGGUCCAGGAAUUCCAGUUGUCACGUUACACAGCAUGAAUAACCCUAAAAAUUACUACAUGCUUGAAAAUAACACUUUGCUUAAGGAAGCAAUGAGAGAAAAACGUGUUCAACAGUCAGAGUUCAGAGUUGUUUCCACGAAAGACUUUGAGCUGCCUCUGAAAUUAUCAUAUCCAGUGAACUUCUCUGAAUCGCAGCGCUAUGGCCUGCUCUUUCUUGUUGAUGGAGCUCCUGGCAGCCAGCUGGUAACAGACAGGUUUCUCCUUGACUGGGACUCGGUGCUUGUCAGCUCUCAUGAUGUCAUCGUGGCUCGCUUUGAUGGCAGGGGAAGUGGCUUCCAGGGGGAGCGGGUCCUGCAGGCAGUCCAUCAGCAGUUAGGAAUCGUCGACGUACAGGAUCAAAUAGCAGCUAUAGAAUAUUUAAAGAAACUGCCUUACAUUGAUCCUGACAGGAUUGGGAUUUUUGGAAAGGGUUAUGGUGGAUACAUUACAUUAAUGAUGCUCAAAUCAACUGAUGAGCUUAAGUGUGCAGUUGCAAUGGCACCAGUAACAGAAUGGAAAUUAUAUGCAUCUGCAUUUUCUGAGAGAUACAUUGGCUUACCAUCAAAAGAAGAAAGUUUUUAUCAAAUUUCCAGCGUGCUUCACAAUGUGCAGGGCUUGAAAGAAAAGAAUGUGAUGUUAAUACACGGAACAGCAGACGCCAAUAUGCAUUUCCAACACUCAGCAGAACUGAUUAAGCACUUAAUAAAAGCUGGUGCAAACUACACUAUGCAGAUAUACCCUGACGAAGGACAUUUUCUAUCAGAGAGAAGCAGACAGCACCUCUACAGUACGCUCAUUACAUACUUCAGAGAAUGUCUUAAGGAAGACACUUUAUUACUACCAGAGGAGCCAGAAGAGGAGGAAUAGGUCAGGAGGCCAUUGGAGGACUUUAUAAUGUAUUUCUGUAAUGACUACUGGAGCCUUGAAGGCUCUGAACCAAGCAUUAGCUAGAAACAACUGUUGGAGUGCAGCUGCUGCUGGAGCUCAAGGGCAGACAAAGGAUUUAUAUGAGUGGAACAGCAACAGUAAAGAUAUUCGGCAAACAAUCUGGAUUUCACAUAUCAGGCCCAUCUUAACCUUCAAAUUAGAAGUCUCUUUUGGGAAGGCACAGGUCUGCUACUUGUUCCACUGAGCAUUUAGUUUUACACACAUAGUUAAGUGCAUGGUUAUUUUGUUUAGCUUCACCGUUUUUCUCAUGUAAGUAUUUGUUGUAGUAGCAGUUCAAAUCAAAUGUAUUGUUUUCCCUUUUGUAUAAAUGCACAAUUAAAUGCUACACCUACCUAGUCAGAAAUGCAAAUUCAAUGUUACUGUGAUACCUAAAAACAAGUGCAAUUCCUUCACAACCCAUACUCGCAUUCACCCAAUAAAGAUACAGUAUUUUAUACAAUA